AUGUCGGAGGCUAAUAUUGGAAGUGCCGUUGCAAAGCUAGGAGCGGACAGUCAGAGAGCGAGAAGUGAAGGGCUCGAGGAGCUCAAACGCCUCCUGGGAGAAGAGAGGAACUCGGACGAUAUUGAGGAGGACAUUUUCCAUAGAAUAUUGGAGCUUCUCUACAAGCUAGUGUCCAAGGAAAAGCCUGUGUUCCUUCGAGCCACCACCAAGCCAACGACGAGGAACACUGCUGCCUCUCGUUUGCAAGCGGCGUCUGCUGCCCUUCGGCUAGUGGUCGAUGUAGCAACCCCGAAGCUCACUUUCAGAACUGCUCUUUCCGUAUUGGACCACAUAAUCGAUACCCUCCCCACGUCGGAUGGUUGUUUAUGCGAGCCACUUCAGAAUGACUACCUCAAGAGCUUCAGAAUUCUCCUUGGCUAUGCUCCACAUGGAGAACAUAUGCGCCCUAAACAGUGGCAAGGAUACGUCGACUUUGCGCUCGAAUGUCUGACGAUUGGCCUCGAGGAUGGCAUGGUUGACGAUGGGAUCUCAAGCAGUAGAGAUACUACCAUGACUCCAAGGAACGGUCCACAUUUGUCUGUGCGACUCAGCCACACAAGCUCCAGGAGCACCAGUAUGGGCAGUGCGUCUAAUUUCGAAGAUAUAUGGGCUGCAUUGAAGUGCUUGACAUUUUUUGUCAACGCACCGCUCAUGUCACGAGCAGCAAUUAUUGCUGAGAAAGCUCAAGACUUCUUGCAGGUCGACAGAAGGGGCCAAGAAGGGGCAUUUGAGACUGUGAACAACCUGCUUUUUGUCUCUCUUGCUGAAGAUGUUGCCCUAACCCAGACACUGUUGUCCAACCUCAUUCCCGUCAUCAGGCGACUGUGGCCCAGCAGGUCUAUCCUGCUCCAGCAACAGAUGCUCUUAACUUUGUUCACAUGCCGAUAUCUGUUUCUUGCCCAAAAAGCACCCUGGCCCGCAAUCGAUUCAGCCCUGUUGGAACCGCUUUUGAUCACCAUGCUUUCAGAAUAUCGCACUAGAAAUGAAAGGGACAUUCUACACUUCGACGACCUACAGCCUAUUCUCGCCUCAGAAAAUACUCCCCUGCAGCUCAAGCAAUUUAAACCUGUUCGAAGUUCUCCGCGCGCAAUAACCAGCUGGUUUAUAUUGUCCAUCAUUGCGUGUCUCGUCAUUGGACUGAGUCUCAAACGACAUAGCGAGGGUGAUACAACUGACACAGCGGAGGUUCCGCGGAAGCGACAGAAGGUCCAGAGCCGCUUGGAUGAGAUUCUCGAACUAGCAGUCGUGGGCACGGGGCAAGAGAAACUAGUCGCUCUGCAGGUAAUCCUGUUUCUCUUCGAUCAGCCUGGAGGCAUUGAGCAAGAAUGGACAAAGGACCUUUACAAGUUAUUGCCGGACCUUGGCAGUGAGGACCCUACCAUUCAAACUUGGAUUCUCCUAAUCUUUUCACGACUAGCAGUCGACAAUGCUAGUCGCGAUCAUGAAAACUCAGCUUUCUGGCCACAGGUGUGGGAUGCAGCAAGCAGAGCAAUAACAGUGGUUUCCACAACGAGGGCUGCAUGCCAUGCACUUGAUGUGCUCCUCCGGGUGGGCGCUCUAGACUCGUCAAUGAGCGCAAACUCGCUCGACACUGCCUUAUUCGGAGGUGGUAAUAAUGGCCCCAGCAGCCUCACAGACACUUCCCUGGUAUUGAUGACACAUGCGCUGCGCUCUAAAUUCUUUGACAACGAGAGACGCUUCGAGUCUUUCGGGCUGAAGAUUAUUGCCUGGCUCUCUGCUCGCUGGACUCUCCCUUCAAACCUUGAUCGCCUUCACAAUGCACAGAUUGUCUGUCACGCCAAACCCGAGCUCUUAUAUUCUUUGUUGACCACUAUGUGUGGCCACGCUGAUGCGAUAACCUCUGGUGAAGCUUGGGCACCGGCGCAUUCGUUGUUCGAGUUGGCGCUGAUGGCAUCGGUUAAUCUCGAAUUCUUACGUUAUCUUCUCGCCCUCCCUUCUUCAAUAGUCGAGGCAGAUGAAGGUUUCAUCACUUUGCCUCGCCAGUUUGAGACGUCCAUCAUGACUCGCGUUUUCCGAAGUGUGAUGGACUUUCUAGCAAACAAGGCGAGAGAUUUUGUCCACUCAUGGAAGGUGAUCUGUGCCGAGCGAACUUCAAAUAUUGGAAAUGAUAUUGUCGAAAUUCUAGGUGUUGUAUCGGCCAUCUCCUCUGCCUUGUGGGUUCGUUGCAGUGGUCAAGCUCCUGGGUACAAACAGCCUUCAACUCUGAAUGAGAGCCUCCGCGUCCUCGCGGAUUUCAUAGAAAAUCAGCCUAUCGAUCGCUCUCGAGAAAUGGCCAAUCGUCUCUGCUAUUGUGUUGUCACCGCCCAUAAACAGCUGUCCGGCAUUGGCACCCGCAACUAUGGCAAAGAAUAUGAAGCGGCCAUCGAAUCCGCAUUACAUAUUGCUCGUCACGCCAUGUCAUCAAAAAAUAGGAACGGGCCUUCAGACUUCGACUUCCUGGAUGAUGCUGCGUGGGACUCUCAGGCAACUCAAAGGAGCCAGUUUGGCGAUGGCAUCGACAUCUCGAGGCUGGACCUUCCGGUAUGCAAAGAUUCGCCUGCCAGGUUGGCAAGGUACGCAGUGGAGCUGACGAUAGCUCUUCAAAUGGUGAAAUCUGAGGGAAUCCUCGACUCUUCUGCAACUGGUCUGGUCAUUGAUGAGCUCUUAGCGCUUGAUCCGCUUUCGCUCAUUGCUGCACGAGGAGUGGUGCAGGAAUUUCUAAUUCUGAAACCUGCAACAACUCGCCGAGACGCGCACCGCUUGCUCAAGAAACUGGCUGAGUUAUAUUUGCAGGAUGAAGCCUUUGAAAGAUGCGAGCCCGCGUUGUGUUUUUGUCUGCACACGCUUGAGAGCUUCAUGGAUCUUUGGACGACUGAAGACGACGACGACAAUUUGGCAGACACGGCCUUUGAUAUCUAUUAUUGGUUCCUCAACACCACGACCCGCAGAGGCGUUGCAUCCCCGAGAGUGCUAUCGACACUGGCGGAUCUUCUGGAUGCUCUGCUGCGCAAAGAUGCAUCUUAUGGCAGCGAAGACUUACCGUCACCACGCACAAGCCUGCUGAACAUCCUGGAAGUCAGUGACGCGGCGGCCCAGUAUCGGCUUGCGGGUAAACUGUCUCACAUCUUCGAAAAGUACGUCUUGACUCAACACGAAGCAAUAUUCGAUGACAUCGUCACCAAAUUACCCUCGGAUCCCGACAACAAAGAAGGUAUCGCUGCGCGCUUGUACAUUGUUUCUUACCUUGGAGCUCGAUGGCACACCGUCCUGCGGCAAGCCAUGUAUCACUUAUUCGAGACGGUCGCACAUGUGCCUUCUACGACAAAACUCGGACGUGGCUGUAUUGCCAGAACCUGCGAAGUGCUCAAACUACGACGACCGAGGCAGCUUUUCAAGUUGUUCUCCUCCCAGAUUUUCUACACAUGGCUGUCACAGGAGACCCUUGGCAGCAUGCCUUUCCAACUGUUCGAGUACGCUUCUUUGCAGGAGAUGGCCGCUGACAAUAUCGGGGAGCUCGCAGGGCAGAUCGCUCUCCGAGGAUUUCAACACUCCGAAGAGCUGGCCCAACUAGUUGGCCAGGACUGGAAUCUUGUACUUGGCGAAAACUUUGCCUACGCCGAAGCGUACACACUUGCUUCAGAAACUAGCGUGCCAAAACACGACCGUCUUUAUGAUGGCUCGGAAAAGUUAGUGCGAAAGCAACUCGGGUCACAACUAUACCUUCAACGACUGCGUGAGUGCCUCCCAGACAUUAUUGCCCUGCUGGUGCUAUCCCUUCAAGAUGAUCGGGGGAUUGAAAAGACUCUUCCCAGCUCUAGUCUUGCAAUUUGGCAAGAGAUGGUAAAUGACUCAGGUCAAAAUAUCCAGCUACCCCUUGCUCAGCAGCCAUGCUUCCGAGCACGCUGCCUUCCGGAAGAGCUCAAAUACCUGUGUUGGCGACUCGAUAUGAAAGAGAGUGACAUAUGGACAUCAGGUUUCCUAGUCCAUCUGUACAGACAACUUCUGGACAGAGCAAGGCCAGCGUUAGGGCCUCUACACACCUGCAGCAUCAUCCGCAAAAUUCGCAUCGUAAUCAGCCUUGCGGGUCCGAUUGCUUGGGAUGGCUAUCCAUUGGAGAUGAUGCUGCAUAACCUGCGACCUUAUCUUACUAUUUUCGAGUGUGCUGAGGAGACAAUGAGCAUCUACCGCUGUCUCCUUCGUCACGGAGCACAAUCUCUAGCCUCUCGACCUUCGUUCAUCGCUGGUCUCUGUGUCUCAAUCUUCGGGUCCCUUACUGGCUUCAUCUCAUCCACUCAGGAUAGCACUACGCAAGAAGAUCAAUUCAUAGCUACUAUGACUAACGCACAAGAAUUUCGGGCUUUUCUAGGGCAGUACUUGGAAUCCCUGGAGCUCACAAACACGGAUGGCGAAACACUACGAAGGUUCAAGCACAUCAUUCGACAUGCAAAAGGUAUAGCUCAGAAAGGGAGCAGCGCGCAAAGCACAAGCGAAGGGCAGCUGCUUUAUGCUUUGCUGUCAGAUCAAAGCAGCAACAACCCUCUUCUGUCAGGCUUUCAUUUUGAUCUCUCGAUCAAGAUAUUGUGCCACCAGUUUUGUACGCCGUCAGACUAUCAAGACGACAUACUUGCCAAUGAUGAGGAUGCUUCUCGAUUCUCAUCUACACUGGAAAGCCUGUUGACCAGAUUCGAUUUAGACAAAUCUUUCCGCAUCUGGGCAGCGCAGGGGAUUGGUCGGGGUUAUAUCAUGCGUGGGUUAAUCUCGACCAGCGACGAUAAAACACAGCCUGUACAAAGUCAACCGCCCGAUGCCGGACUCGAAGCGGUCUCUUCCUACACAAAUAUUGUAUGCUACCUGGUGGAUCUGCUCUGGAAGUCUGAUUAUCCUGAUUUGACUGUCGCCGAAAAUACUCUAGAGCUCAUCUCUAGCAACCUGCGCGAAGCUGAUGAAUCCGCCUUUUUAGCAGCCGAUUUUGACAGAAGGGUUGUGCAAGAGUUGAGGUUCAAAAAUUUCCCAUGUCCUGCUACGCCGCUGUCCACGACGUUUGGUCUCAUAGGCGAACAAGGAGAGACUCACGAUUUCCACAGCCGGUCGCGUGACUGGGCCACGGACCUACUCAUCCAGAUUUCCGAGGCUGCUGCUGGUGACCCUGUCUUGGGCUUUCUCCAGCCUCUGAUCAAUACGGUCCCUGAUGCAGCCGGCAUCCUGCUACCAUAUUGCGUCCACCUCAUUCUGCUUGGUGAAACCAACUCCCACCAAACUUUCCACGAGGGACUAUCUCAGACCUUCUCUGCAGGUUUUUCGUCAGGGGACCGUGCAUCCAGUGAGGCCAGAAAAUUGAUUCUGAAAACGCUCUUGUAUCUCCGAAAAUGCCACCUCCCCAACGAGACCAACAUGGCGCAACGAAACUCCUGGCUGGAAGUGGAUCUCAGCAACGCCGCCAUGGCUGCUAGUGAUUGUCAAAUGUGGCAUGAAGCUCUGCUCUUCUUAGAGCUGCACUAUUCUCAAGCCCAGCUCCAGACAGGUCGGUCAUCUCGAAGGUCGUUCGCGAUGACUAACGAGGUCUCAACGGAAGUUUUCUCCAAGAUUUAUGAAAACGUCGACGAUCCUGACUUCUUCUAUGGCAAGCACCAGAUCCACGAUCUGAAGUCAAUCAUCAGCAAAAUGAACCAUGAAGGGGCGAGUCAGAAAUCCUUGUCUUUUCAGAGCGCAAUGCUCGAUUCUCAACUGAGACUGGAGGAGCCAGAGAAUACCUUGGGUGAUGUAGCCUUCACAACAGCACUGACCUUGAGCGCCGCAAAUAUGCAAGGUAUAUCGGAGGCAGUGAAGCAACAUUACGAAGGGCCUCACAAGGCCACCUCAGCCGAGCAUAACUUAGCCCUGGGUCAUUGGGAUCUGUUCUGGGCCAGUGAGCCGUCCUCACCGUCGACAGCCUUGUCAUCACUAUUUCGCAAUAUGCACAGCAUAUCGAGUAAGAGCAGUCUAGCUGGAGAGCUGGACUUGUUAUUGCUGCAGCAUGGGGAUACCUUGCGAAUGGGCGUUAUAAACCGGAGUCAAUUGGGUGAUCUCCAUCCAAAAUUGGCAGUCCUGGCAGAGGCGAGGCAGAUUGUGGGUGCAACAUCUGCAGAGACCCUAGAGUCGACCUGUACGGCGAUAAUGGCGAGGGAUCAAAGGAUCAAGCUUGCAGAAUUCAACGCAUUAUCACCGAUCCUGGCCGGCAGGGAGGCCGCUUUCGCCGCUAUCCGUCGAAAUAAUCACUUACGGGCUGCUUUUUCAUUGAACCUGUCGCAGGCGCUGCUGCUUGAAGUUCAAGUUACUCGACAGUCUCUGGACAUGGCCUCCAGUUACGAGGCGCCGCAAUUCAGUCUGAAUCGAGCAAUGUACCUCUCACAGUUAGCUCAGUUGGCUGAAAGUGUAGGACUGGCAGUCGACGUCGCUAUCAACUAUGACCUGGCCAAGACGUUGUGGGCUCAAGAGGAAGUUUCAGCCUCCAUUGGCAUUCUACAAAACCUGAGAGACCGCAAAGAAGCUGCGGCACAGCCCAUCAGCGUUCCGCGAGCUGAUAUUCUGACAGAUCUGGGACACAAAAUUGCUGAAGCCCGUCUAGAAAAGCCGGAUGAGAUUAUAGAACAGUACCUCGCGCCAGCCAUCCGAGAGCUGCAGGAACCUCGUACAGGCUCUGCUGCAGGCAGGGUGUUCCAUAACUUUGCUGCGUUCUGCGACAUGCAAUUGCAGGACACGGACAACCUGGAUGACUUCACGCGUAUCAGCAAAAUCAGAGAUCGGAAAAUGCACGAAGUCCGGGAGCUAGACAGGAUGGUAAGAAAUGCCAAAAGCGACCAACAGCGAGCCAAAUUGAAGACACAUCUAGCCAGAGCUAAAACCUGGUUCAAACUCGACGAGCAAGAAUGGAGACGAGUUUCGCAGGACCGGGAGAAUCUCAUUCUUCGGUGCCUGGAGAAUUAUCUCUUGUCAAUGAGGGCUUCCGAUGACUACCCGAGUGAUACCCUCCGUUUCAUUGCACUGUGGCUGAAUCAAGCUGAGAGUCCAACAGCAAACGCUGCUGUCCACAAGUACCUCGAUUCAGUCCCUACUCUCAAGUUCGCCCCACUCGUCAAUCAGCUGUCGUCUCGCUUGUUGGAUAUCCAAGAUGAUUUUCAGAAACAACUCAAGAAUCUCAUGUUCCGCAUCUGCUCUGAUCAUCCAUAUCACAGUCUGUACCAGGUAUUUGCAACCAGCAAGUCGAAAGGCCCGCCUGGGGAUGAAGUGGCUGCUUCCAGGUUCGCCGCAGCAAACGUACUAACCGAACGUGUCAAGCAACAAAGCACAUCCUCGGCAAUAUGGACGACCGUUCACAAUACUUGCGUUGCUCUGAAUCGGGUGGCUGCGGAACCACUCUCUGACAAAGACCUCAAGAGUGGCUCGAAACUCGCGCUACGAAAGCUGCAACAUGGUCCAGCGCUAGAAGCUCAGAUCACGAAACCCACGACAAAGAUCCCUCCCCCAACCAUGAACAUUGCCCUGCGAGCAGAUCGAGACUAUUCAAAUGUACCGACUUCGAGUACGAUUGAUCCAACGAUUUCUGUCGCCGGAGGUGUAUCAGCUCCCAAAAUCGCGACAAUCACGGCGUCGGAUGGGUCUCGACACAAACUGCUGUUGAAGGGAGGCAACGACGACCUUCGGCAAGACGCCAUCAUGGAGCAAGUCUUUGAACAGGUAUCCAACCUUUUGAAGGACCAUCGUGCCACACGGCGUCGCAACCUCGGCAUUCGAACCUACAAGGUCAUCCCACUGACGAAGAACUCGGGCGUCAUCGAAUUUGUCCAGAACACUAUCCCACUCAAUGAGUAUCUGCUCCCUGCUCACGCGCGCUACUAUCCCAAGGACUACAAGGCGAACCGUGCCAGGAAGGAUAUCUUCGAGGCGCAGGCCAAGAAUCAUGAGCAGCGUGUGCGAGCCUACCAGACGGUCACUGCCAACUUCCACCCAGUUAUGCGGUUUUUCUUCAUGGAGAAGUUUCUUGACCCAGAUGACUGGUUUUAUAAGCGUCUCAACUACAGUCGGUCCACCGCUGCUGUGAGCAUCUUAGGCCAUGUCCUUGGACUAGGAGACCGACACGGACACAAUAUCCUCCUGGACGAGAAAACCGGAGAAGUGGUCCACAUCGACUUGGGCGUCGCCUUCGAAGCAGGCCGCGUUCUCCCUGUUCCCGAAGUUGUACCCUUCCGCCUCACUCGUGACCUGGUAGACGGGAUGGGUCUCACCGGAGUGGAAGGCGUCUUUCGGCGAUGCUGCAAUUUCACCCUCGAAGCCCUCCGCCACGAUCAAGAAGCAAUCAUGACCAUCUUGGACGUCCUCCGCUACGACCCACUAUACUCGUGGUCCAUCUCCCCCCUCCGUCUGCAGAAGAUGCAGGAAAACAACGAGCAAGCCGCCGCUGCGGAUGCGGCUAGUGUUGCUGGCGGACCGUCGACUCCAACGUCGACGACCAGCGGCGUCGGUGACAACGCAGGCGGCGUGAUUGCGGCACGCAGAGAAGAGACCGAGCCCUCGGAAGCGGAUCGCGCGUUGACCGUCGUGGCCAAGAAACUGGGCAAGGCUCUGAGUGUGGAAGCCACCGUGAACGAGCUGAUCAGGCAGGCCACGGACGAGAGGAACUUGGCUGUGCUGUAUUGCGGGUGGGCUGCUUAUGUUUAA